AUGACGAACCCCUCUCUCCUCUCCUUCCCCUCCCUUCCCCUUCCUCCUUUCCUCUUCCAACAAGCAACCACUCUUCUCCCCCAAUUCUCUUCUCCCCACAUCGCUUUUCUCUCUAUCGGCCGGGCGGCGAAAAAAAAUUUUUUGGAAGAAAAAAGAGGAGAAGGGGAAGGAGAGAGAUUGUCAAAUAUAUAUAAUUUUUGGGGGGUGUUAUAAAUAAAUAUAUUUAUUGUUUGUUGAUGUAAAGGGAGGGAAACAACACUACUUACUAUAUACUUGUGUCUGUGUCUAUUUUGUGUGUGUAAAAGAUGAGGAAGGGG